AUGCCAGAUGCAUCAGACAAGUUUAAAGUUAGAUGCAGAUUAUAUUCAAAAAUUGUCCAGGAUUUAAGGUUAAAAUCAUCAAAGUCUGCUACUGUAGUGUCAAACGUAAUUAGAGCAACUGAAAAAGAAGAUUUAUCUAUAAAGUUAGAGAAUGUAUUAUUUAGUGUUAUAAUUGACGAGUCAACUGACAAUUCUAGGACACAAAAUUUAUGCAUUGUUGUUAGAUCUUAUGAUGCUGAGCAAGGUAAAAUCACCAGUCGCUUCUGGGAGUUGUAUCAGAUUUUUAAUGAAGAAGAUAAAUCAUGUGAAGCAUCAGCACAACAUAUUUUGAAAAUGUUGAUGAUUGAAAAAUCUUUUGAAAAAUACUCAGUUCCACUCACAAAUAUUAUUGGGUUUGAAUCAGAAGGGUGUAACAGUAUGAUAGGGGAUAAAAAUUUAGUAAGAACACGUUUUGAGCAGAGAUGUCCUGGAAUUUACAUGAUGAAAUACCUGUGUCACUCAUUACAUCCCUGCGCAAGUAAUGCAUGUUCUGAAUUACCAACAGAAUGUGAAAAAUUACCACAGCUAGUUUAUAAUCAUUUUUCAGUGAGCUCAAAACGCCAAUAUGCAUACAAAGGUAUUCAAUUCAUUUUGGAUUUGAAACAGCAUAAAAUUUUACAACCUGCUCAGACCCGCUGA